UGGAGCGGGCGGCCGGGCGGCCGUGAGCAGGGCGGGAGCGGAGCCGGAGCGGGGCCAGCAGGCCGCGGGAAGGCCCGGGCGGGGGAGCGGCGAGGCGAGGCAGGGAGGGGAAGGAAGGCAGCCGGGUGACGGGUCGUGCGGCGGAGGGGGCUCCGGGCGGAGAGCGGGCGGGCGGCCGGGGCUCCCGCUCCGCAGGGCGGCCGGCGGGGCAGGAUGAGCCAGGAGGAGAUCCUGAGGAAAUUCAUUAAGCGAGUCCAGGCCAUGAAGGACACGGACCACAAUGGGGAGGACAACUUCGCCAGCGACUUCAUGAGGUUAAGAAGAUUAUCAACAAAAUACAGAACAGAGAAGAUCUACCCAACAGCCACUGGAGAAAAAGAAGAGAAUGUUAAAAAGAAUAGAUACAAGGAUAUAUUGCCAUUUGAUCACAGCAGAGUUAAACUGACCUUAAAAACUCCUCCACAAGAUUCAGAUUACAUCAAUGCAAACUUCAUUAAGGGAGUACAUGGGCCAAAAGCAUAUGUUGCUACCCAGGGUCCCUUAGCCAAUACAGUCAUAGACUUCUGGAGGAUGAUAUGGGAGUACAACGUUGCUAUAAUUGUAAUGGCCUGUCGAGAAUUUGAAAUGGGAAGGAAAAAAUGUGAGCGUUACUGGCCUCUGUAUGGAGAAGCAGCUGUAACUUUUGGACCAUUUCGUGUUUCUUGUGAAGCUGAGCAAGCAAGAACAGAUUAUUUCAUUAGAACAUUAUUACUUGAAUUUCAAAAUGAGACUCGUAGUGUCUAUCAAUUUCAUUAUGUUAACUGGCCUGACCACGAUGUCCCUUCGUCUUUUGAUUCUAUUCUGGACAUGAUCAGCUUGAUGAGAGAAUACCAGGAACAUGAAGAUGUUCCUAUUUGCAUACACUGCAGUGCAGGGUGUGGAAGAACAGGAGCCAUCUGUGCUAUAGAUUAUACAUGGAAUUUGCUUAAAGCUGGGAAAAUACCUGAAGAAUUCAAUGUAUUUAAUUUAAUACAGGAAAUGAGGACGCAGAGGCAUUCUGCAGUGCAAACAAAGGAGCAGUAUGAACUUGUCCAUCGAGCCAUAGCACAACUGUUUGAAAAGCAACUGCAGAAAUAUGAAAGUUGUGCAGACUGGAAGAUUGCAGAUGGAGUGGAUGAAAAUAAUACAGAAAAUGCUGUCAGUUCUUCAGAUGCUGAGAAACAGGAUUCUCCUCCACCAAAGCCUCCACGGACCCGCAGUUGCCUUGUAGAAGGAGAUGCUAAAGAAGAAAUCUUGCAGCCUCCAGAACCUCAGCCAGUACCACCAAUCCUAACACCAUCUCCCCCAUCAGCUUAUCCAACAGUCACUACGGUGUGGCAGGACAAUGACAGAUACCAUCCAAAGCCAGUUUUGCACAUGGUUUCAUCAGAGCAUUCAACAGACCUCAACGAGAAUUACAAUAAGUCCACAGAACAUUCAGGGAAGAACGAACCCAGCGAACAGACAGAGAAGAGGCUGGAGCGCAACUUAAGUUUUGAGAUCAAGAAGGUUCCUCUUCAGGAGGGACCACGAAGCUUUGAUGGGAACUCCCUGUUGAACAGGGGACAUGCAAUUAAAAUUAAGCCUGUGUCAUCCUCUGUAAUUGAUAAGAGCUUUAAGCCACAGGAACAGAUUUCAGGGGAUUCAUUUGUAGACACUUCUCAAAACUCAUGUAUGGAAUACAGCGUGCCACAGUCUAACACAGCCUUAAUACCUUCACCAGAAAGUCUGCAGAGUCAGCAGGUGUCUGAUACCCCAGCCAGACCAGAUCGUCUGCCUCUGACAGAAAAGGGACAUGCCACGUGGUCGCUACAAGGGCCUGAAAAUGCGCUGCGAACGUCGGUGUCUGAAGAGCUGUCUUCAGAUACUUUGUGUCACAGUGUUAAAACUCUCUCUCUAGUAUCAAACAGCCCGGCUGAACAUCCUUCCAGUGAUACUGUUGAUCAUACUCCUCUUUCUGUUCGAGCACCCCUCUGUUUCACUAAUCCUCUCCAUGCGGAUGAUUCUGACACAGAUGAGGUGGACUUUGACAGAGCCAUGAGCAAAAGCGCGUCCAAUGUGUCAACCGCAAGUGCCACAGUCUCUGCUGCCACUAAUACUGAAAACAUUUCUGCCAGAAAAGUAUUGCCAAUGUCUAUUGCUAGGCAAGACUUAUCAGCUGUAACAUGUUCUGAAGAUGGCAAAGAUGCUGAUGCUAGUGAAGAUUCCUCUCCCCCGCUCCCAGAAAGAACACCAGAGUCCUUUGUAUUAGCAAGUGAACAGAGCACGCCCUUGCCGAAGCCAGCUGUGAUUGCACAGUCGGAGUGGAGCGCGCCGCGGGAUCAGCACCUGCCUGAGCAAACAGCCUCCCCAGGUUUGAAAACAACUUCACCUAUACUACCUGAUCGUCCUGAACGAAGCAACAAAACACCAACUGACAUUUUACCUCAGAUUUCUUUCUCUGGUUCCACUGACACGAGAGGUCAAAUUUCAGAAUUUCCUGCAGAAGUAACAGAUAUUGGUUUUGGUAACCGCUGUGCAAAGCCCAGGGGACCGAGAGAGCCACCCUCAGAAUGGACAUGAUCCAAGAACCAAUGGACACACUAUCAAUAAAUUAUACUGGAAAACUCAAGUGCCACUGAGAACUAGAGAAAUAGUGUUCCACUUUCCUGGGGGGCGACUAACACAGAGCAGUGUAGAUCUAACUAUCAAUGGUACAUUCUUGCAGCGCAUCCCACACAAAGCCUGACGCAUGGCUCACAACAGUGGAUUCCAGUAUUACAACCUUUUGCUGGGGCCAUCUACCUGCCUUACUACACUUAGGAGAAAGUAUUACAUAUGAUUUAUUUUGUAACUUCAAGUAUUAUUGCCUUAAUGUCUUUUAACCCUGUUACACGCUGCUUGUAGACAUAUGUUAAUAUAGUAAUACUUUUGACAGAUUGUGUUUAUGGACUACUUUUUGCUAACAUUUGAUUACCAUGUAUGCAUUAUUUUGUAUAUGUACAGGGCAAGUAAGUAUAUAAUUUGAUAAAGUUGCAAUCAUAAAAUAUUAACAGAAGAUGUAAGAAAUCUCUGCAUGAUCUAAAUUUUUGUGUACCUUAUUUGUAAGUUAUUUGCCCUGAAGUUUUAGAAAAUAGUUUCUGGGGUUUUUUACAAAAAAUUGCUGGACACACACAGCCAGAAUUGCAGGUUAGCAGAGAUAAAGAUUGUAAUGCAUUUUGUAAAUUGUAAGCAAGAGGUUAUUUUUAUAUUAUAUACUGUUUAAUUGUCAGACCCGAUUUGUUCUGGUUUUCAUCUGGUCAUGGAGAUUCAGUAAGUGCCUUGGAACAGUAUUGAAUUCUCUUAGCCUGUGUAUGUUUCCUCAGUGUUUUGAGUUCAUCUGGAAUUAGAUUAUCAAAAAGAUUUGUAUGUUUCUUAGUAUAUUUGACCUGCCAGUAAAAGAGAAACCAUUUUACAUAAUCAACACUCCUUAGUUUUCAUUUUAAUGUUUCAUCAGUUGCAAUCUUUAGAAAGUUCAUCUCUAUCACCUUUCUGUGUAGUAGGAUUUUACGGAUUUAAUACGGCGUGUUUCUAAUUUGAGAAAACCAGAACACACUGGUAAAAGGACUGUUCAAUACCACUGUCUUCUCUUACAGAUGGGGAAUACAAUUUAUGUUGUUCAGCGACUGUGUAUGUAAGAAAGCAACUUAUAUGAAGGUUCACCUGGAGCCCUUGCAGCUACACUGUAUCUUGGCAAUAUAUUAUGUCAAGAGUUAAUCCUUAUAAGGAUUCCUUACUUAAACUUUUCUGUAAUACAAUCUUUAAAUUAAAGAAAGUAAAAAUCUCACUCUGGGUGUUUUUACUCUUAGGAAAGAAAAUUGUGUCCAAAAGCCAAGUGUAACACAGUGAAGGAUGGCAGUCUGGCUUGGCUUACACAUCUCAUACUUGAACAGAACACUGACACUCAGAACCUUAUUUUUAGUAACUACUUUAAAAGUUCUGGCUAGCAAGAAUGCCAGAGAAGCAAAGAAGAAUGUUUUAAAGAAAUGUUCAUUUUAGGUAGUGAAACUAUAUUAAUCUGAACUUGAUCUGGGAACAUUGUCUGAUCUGCUGCUUGUACCUUUAGUGUCUCUGCUAAAAGAGAGCAAAUGCCCCGAUAGCAGCUCUGUUGUAACCUCCUGGAGGGAUGGAGCUUGCAAUUACUGUCUCUGACUCUGGAUUUAAUCACCAUGCGCUUUGUACAUGUGACAGACUGCCAAGCUGGGGAGCUCUUUCAAAGAACUGUGUGCACUAUAAAUACUUCUCAUGGAUGUAGUUUUGCAGUUAUUAAUUUAAAAAUAAGUAAUUCAAUGAUAUGUGCCAUCUGGGAUAAUCUAUAUCAACUAUAUUCCUGACUUGUAAACAGUUCAGACAGCUGGAAUGUUCUGCAAUUGGCAGAAUAGGGCUGGCCUGAACUUUGUCUUCCUUCCCUUGUGUUGCAGAUGAUUAGCUCAGACUCUCACUCUUACAGAGCUCCUGUGGAUUUGUAAGGCAAGAUGGACUGUCAGCACCCCUGGGCAGUCCAAAUCAUUGGAAUAUUUUGGGAAAAAAAGUUAAAUAAGGAAAUUUCCAAAUAUGUUUUGGAUUCACUUUUCAAGGAUCCCUUCCAUAUUUGUCCACCAAUAAAACACAAAUCUGUGCAGGUAGUAGAUUUCCUGGUUUUCACAGAUGAAUUUUACUUAACAGCAAAGGCUGACCCAAAUCUGUGCGCUGCAUACAGGCCAUCUUGUUAUGAUUAAUAAUGUACAUCCAGGUUCAUCUUUUUAUCCCCCCUUUGUUUUGCACAGAUUUGGGUCAUAUUCCAGGCUGAGUUUGUCACAGAAAAAAAACUCAAAGAAAGGUUGCAGCCUUUCUUUGCUUUAGUGAUAAAAAACUGCAAUUGUCCAGUAUGGAUUUCUGUUUCUUUUGACAGAGCUGGUUCACAACUUGGUGUUCCCUGCUUUGGGUUUUACAUUUUCACCUAUUGUAUUUCAGAUAAACUGGCAGUUUUAAGAGCAAGGUGAAACCUGCCCAAUGUUUUUUAUCUUUGUGUAUCUGCUGUUGGGGGUGGUGCAGAGAUAACUGCCGCUCUGGAUGCUUCACACUCGGGAGUUUCACAUCACAACUUUGAAUUAUUAUCAUCUUAACAGCUUCAUCAAAAAAGACCUAGAUCUUCACUAGUGGUUUGUUAGAAAUGGAGUCUAAAAGGGUUUAAGCAUUACAUUGGCUUGGAAAUUAUCACUGAAGCCAUUUUGUAUUUAUAUUGAAGUCAAUUCUGUUUAGUUCCAGUCUUAGGUUACUUUUUCUGAAAGCAGUCUGCUUUCAUCUCUGAAGUGCAGCUUUUCAGGCAUUGACUUGAUCACUGUAGCAAGGAAGCAGUAAUGCUACUCAACCCAGCUAUUUUUAUUAAGAACUGCUGCGUUGGCUUGUUUGUCCUUCAGUAUUUUUCUAAUAUACCAUUUAUUAUUUUUUUUCUAAAGAUAUUAAUGUUGAAUUAAAUCAUGCAGUGAAUGAUCACAUCAAAACAAUGAGUUCUCUAUGUAUUAGAAAUUUAAAUUCUGAAGACUCAGAAGAAAGCUGACCUCUACUACUGCCAUUACUUACCUCUAUUACUCAGCAUAUUUUAGGUUGUGCAUUGAUUUGACAGGUAACUUUCUAUUUUGGUAGUAACUAGAGCAUUACACCAGCAUUUUUAUUUCUUAUCUGCUAGGAAAACCUGCUGCAUUUACAUGUAAUUUUCCUUAAAAUAAGUUUCUAACUUGGGAACUGGGCAGAACAAUGAAAAUCUCGAAGAAUUACCUCUGGGUUUUUUGUAUAUUGGAAUUUUGGAUUGGGUUUCUUUGGAGAUAAAUCUCUGAAAGAAUGAGUGAGAUCAGGUGCAAUGCAGUGACUGGGCAGUGUGAUAACCCUGUGCUGCUGGAGCAGUUGCUUGUAGCUGCAGGUCAGACUGUUGGGAAGCACCCAGAUACAAAGCUCUUGCCUGCAGCAUAAACCUGACAUGCUGCAGCCAGAGAAAGGGAACCUAGCAAGAGAGGGCUGGACUGGGGAAAGACUAGCAAUGAAUAUUACCUUCACAAGGGGAUUUUGAGGAGGAGCAAGGAGUUAAGGACUUCAGACAAUGGAACUGAAAAACCAGAUAAAAUAGCACAGGUAAGGCUUUGAGAAUUUUCUCAAGGCCUGAGGGAAGAGUAACAGCUCUGCAGUAUAAACAAACAAAUCACAAUUCCUACAGCCCAUUGCCAAAGAAGGGCCUUUUUCACAAUCUCAAAAUGCUCUUCAGCGCUUGAGAAGCUGAAACAGCUUCUAAAGGAGGUUGUCCUGUGUGGGCCACAGAGCCAGAGCUAAAUCCAUGGCACACAUGAACCUAGGACUGAGCAUCGCUGGGGCCAGCCAGCACAACGCACCAACUGCUCUGGAGCCCUCGGAGUAUCUAAAGCCUUUAAAACAGGAAGGCUGUGAAGUGGUUAGUAACAGGCUUAGCAACAUCCAGUAAUAGCCAGGCUCUCAGAUGUGCCUUUUCCAAACCAUUUCCAUGCAUGUACUUAGUCAAAGCACAGGUUUGUCAAGUGUUGGGUCAAACAGAACAAGAAAAUAACUGUUUUCUUGGCUGCACUACUGUCGUAUCCUCAAGAUUCGUACCAAAUGCUUCACUUCAUUACUUCUAAGACCACAUAACAAAAGCUUAGUAUUUUGCACCCUUAAAGCAGUGAGUAACUAAGAUGUUGUUUGCUGUUUUGAUCUAUUGAGUUGUAGUUGCUGUAACCAUCGAUUUCUUUAAAAACUUGACUCUUGCUUCUGAAAUUGUAUUUUGUCUGCAUCAAGCACUGUGGUGAAGCCAAGGUAAGAAGUCAGUUUUGCAUUUUGGCUUAAAUCCUGCAAAGUUACCUACCCUGUGCAUGUAAACAGCUGCAGUGAGCUCAAUGCAGGUAUUCAUCCAUGGGCGUUGCAUGUUCGUGUUUGCAGUUCUGGGGCACUCUUAAGGACAGGGCCUCAGGCACUGUGACUGAGCUCCACAGAUUUCAGCUGGUGAGGUGGAAGUUGUCUUUCACAUCUAUAAUUCCUACUUUGAUCCACAGAGUUAUAGUUCGUAAUAUAAAAGAUCACAGACAGGUAAAAAAAUUGAUCUUUUGGGUAGGUAGUGCCACAAUCUCGCAGAGAGCUUGACUGUCAAGUCAAAAGAAGAGCCAGACUUGGAUCAAAGAUGAUUCCAUUUUUCAAACAUGGAGUAUCAAAGACUGCUGAGCUUUUCUGCUUGCUCAACUCCACUCUUCACCAGAGGACACCUGGUGUGUGGUUCCAUCCCAGUAUAUAUUCCACCUGCUGCAUCUCUGCCCUAAUGUUAAAUGGACCAAGAAACCCCAUCAUAAUCAGAAUGUUUUCAAGUCUUUUGCUACAUUUGUUCAAAUUUUUAUUUGCUUUCUUGCUACUUUCACGUUAAAUGGUAUAUUCAUUGUGAGCCUGGAGAAGCAGGCAGGAAGAAGACACAAAUCUUGUGAAGAAACAUGCCAGCUCUGGUAUCCAUUGGUUGUAGCUGUUCUUUUAUUUGCUGCAUCUCCAAAAUGUAUAUGCUUUAUGGUGAAUAUUUAACUUCGUAAUGUCAAUUGCACAUUUUAUCAGCCCUGCCCAGUGCACUUCUCAUCUUGGGGUUUCAGUCUUGCCUGCACUGAACACUAUUUUGCUGUAAGGGAAGGGAGGUUGGGCCUGGUACAUUCUAAUUUCACGUGUUACUAUGGUAUCUGGACACAGCUGAACCCACCAGUGAAAAGCUGGCAGUUUUGUUAAAAAAUAGUAAUGUAGCUUCUGAUCUGUUUCAUUAGAGACAAUCAGAAGCUAAAAUAGCCAUCCCUGUGAAGUCCAGUAGGGAAUCUAGGGUUACCUUUCCCAUUGAUGUGAAUGGCCCGUACCAUCAGGCUUUUCUGAAAAAGCACUUGCGCACUGGAUUUUAUAAAAGUUAAUUAAAAAAUUACUCCUAACUCACGUCAUGAAAUUCAUGGGGAAUAAUGUGUGAGCACUUCAGAAGUGAAGCAAGUUGCCUGGAUCAAGUGAUCCAAAGAAUGGUCUCUGUUUGGUGUGUGGUAAAAAGUGAAUCUGGCAGAGUUGGGAAGAACAAGGAGCACAUAGUGCCAGAGGAGAGGAGGUGGGAAGAGCUGAAUUGUACCAAGUACAAGGGGAAACUGUCUUUGCUUGUGGGUAAUAAAAGGCUGAUGUGAACUUGUUAAGCAGGUUCCUGGUUUUGUAAGCUCCUCGGAAGGGCAGAGAGGUGUGGUUGGGUAACAGGAAUGCAGCACCAGGAAGACGCUUCUUUAAAGAAAUUGUUGUGUUUGAGUUUCUACUCAAAUCUGCAAUUGAGUAUGAUCCUCUUGCAUUUGGACUGAUCAGGCCCAGACAAAGAUUACUCCAAGGUGGGAGAAAAAGGAGGAUAAUAACCUAAUAAGGAUAAACUGACCCUUGAAACAUCCUGGAGUGGGUGGGAAACAUAGAGAUGUGAAGAAUGUUUAAUUCAGAAAGCAAUCUCUUGUCAGGGAUUUUGAGACCUCAAAGUGCUACCUAACAAGGGCACUUUGUGAUACCAUUGCCAUGCAAUGAAUACAUCUUUGUCUGCCUGUUGACAUGUAAAUCGCUGGUAACAAGGAAGCAAUGCAAGUAAUUAUUUUCAUAAUAUAAAUCAACUUUUAUUAUACAUUAGGACUCGUGAGACACCUAACAGCUCUGAAAAGCGUUGCUGAGCAGCUCUUUCCCCUUCUGUGUCAUCAGACAGCAAAUUCAUACCAGUUCAUUGAUGCUGGAAAUAACACUCAAGUGUUUUUUUUCCCCUUAAAUCUACACUUUUUGGAAAUAAAUUUUCAGACCCUACAAAUUAUUUCUACAGAUAAAUUAGUUCUUUACAGUUUGGAUACUGGAUGGUGGUCAAAGUUGUCCUGAAUUUAUUUCUCAGCCACUACCUUUGACAUGUUUCAUUUAGAAGAAGGGAACUCAUUUGGGCAGCUAUUCCCCAACAGGGAGGGUGGUCUCAGACUCCCUGAUUCAUAGGAAAGGGGGUGUCUAGUCUUACAAUUAAAAAAAAUUAAAUACAUCAGGGCUCCUUUGGAGCUCAGGCAGCUGCCAGCCGCCUCUGGGUGCUAAGCUGGAAUGGCUACAUGAGCCAAAAGGACUCUCUUAGAGAUCUCCAUGAUAGUCCAUGAGACUGAGCUCAGCCCUGUCCGAAGGAGGGCUUUGGCUCCAAGAGACACAGCUCUGCUCUUGGGCCUGUCUGCAGUCCCCAGAUCGCAGGGAGGUGUUUUGGGAGGCAGCAGCCUUUGUCACUAAACCAAAUGCUUUGUGUUUCAGCCGUUCAGGGCUCCUCGCCUCACCGCUUCUGGAACGCAUGAUGUGCUCUAGGGACUCUCCAUAACUGAAAAAAUGGAUAGGUGCUCUUACAGACCACAUCACUUGCCUAUCUAAUUUAUGUUUUAAACCAUGAGACACACCCUCACUUUGCUGGAGAGCACAGUAUAUGUAACAGUAAGGCCCAGAAAGAGGGCACCUCACUGCUUGUAAAUUUGCUGCACACUUCAGUUACACAACUCAGAAGGCUGGCUGGAGUUUUUAUCAGAAUUUUUACCCUAAUCAUGUUUUGUAGAUAUAUCAAGCAAGCACUUUUCAGGGUCUCUUCUUUCAGUGAUUAAGAAGGUGUGAAGACUUUUUCCAUCUGCUUCUUCCUUUCCCUUCCCAUUAACUCUGAGCAUCAGAAGGAACCAGCAUGAGGGAGCUGACUUGGAGCAGCCUCUGGGCCAGAGUCUGUGGUCAGAUGACAGAUCUGUCCUGCACACUUGCUGGAAGUGGGGCUAUCCAUCACGUAGGCUCAGCAUUCCUGCCUCUAAGCCAGGGCAAGACUGUACAAGUAACAAGGUACAACUGUGAUUUCACAUGAACAGGCUGGGAGGAGCCUGCUCAUCUCGCAUUUCAAGACUGUGAUCUGAGGCUGAUAGUGAUGUGUUCGAUUUACACUGAAGUUAUUCCGUCUAUCCUGAGGGAAUCCCAAAGUCCCUAAUUGCCAUCCAGUACAUAUAUUUAAACAUUUUUGGGUGACUUUAUAUAUGAGAUGCUUUCCUAAUGCCAUGGUCUGGAAAUUUCAGGUGCAAUUAUCUUCCAGUUGCAUUGGUACAUCCAAGAAAAUCUGAGGAGAUUAUGGGAAAUGCAUUUUUACUUUCAACAGUUUGUCUUAAACUGUUUCCCAGAAUCACUGUGGCCACUGAUCUGAAGAGCUGCUGCCUCCACUGUGGAGUGAAAUUUGUGCAUAGACAGAAAGCUCUUUAUUGUGGAUUUUUCCAUUAAGAUGUUGUUUAUGUGAGCAAGAAGUUGAGGUGAGCACUGAAAGAUUAGCUGCUACAUAUAACUAGCUGUUUAUUUGCUUUUUAUAUAUACACUUACAAAUAUAAACUGCUACUUUGCAAAUAAGUGUCUGUUCCUAAGACAUAAGACCUGAAUGUCCUAGAACUAAAUGUACUCCAAAUCAAGGCCAGGUUGGAUGGGACUCUGAUCCACCUGGUCUAGUGAGAAGUGUCCCUGCCCACGGCAGAGGGGGUUGGAAUGAGAUGAUCUUUAAGGUCUUUUCCAACCCAACCACUCCAUGACCAUUCUUUGAUCUGUUUAUCAUUCCACAAGCCUUUAGGGAUAGGGAAAAAAAAAGCCAUCAGGAAAUCCAUACGGAUUUCAGUUCAUUGACUUGAACUCUUUGACAACAAUAAGAGGUAUGCAUACCUCAUAGAACUGCUUGUUAAGGAAUAAUAAUGGAGGUUAACAUCUCCUCCAUAUGUAAGGAACUACAGUUUUGCUUGGCUUGCAUCCUCUUGCUUUCAUACUGAUUUUAGGAAUUAUGUAUCUUUUGCAUUGAAAAAUGCUAAAGAUCUUUCAAAUAGUGAAGAAGCUAUGAAGACAAGAGCUAAGCAAAUUACCUUUUCAACUGCAGCAGAGGUCAUUUAAAAUUGUGGAUAUCAACACCUUCCAGUUCGCUCCAUUGUUGUGAUUGUUACUACACUUCAAUAAAGAAAUAUUGGAGUCGAGGUUUCACAUUUUAAACACAAGUGAGAAAACCAGUUCUAAAGACUAAAGAGCUGUUACAGCAGUAGUCUGUAGCUGUUUGAAAAAACAUUAAACAAGAAACAAGUACUGUAGGUCCUCCCUGAAGUGUAAACUCCUUUUUUGUGGUUUUUACGGAUUCUGUAAAAUGUUGGCAGAUGAACAGUGUAAUAAAAACCAUGAGUGUC